CGGCCAUUUCGUCUGUGCAGGGCCGUCAGUCUCAGAGGGCAGUGGGGCGUUAUCUUACGUACUGGUUAACUGAAAGACACACCAAGAACAUCGCACCAUGAAUGAGACAGCUAUUUCCUUUGCCAAGGAUUUCUUGGCCGGUGGCAUCUCCGCUGCUAUCUCCAAAACAGCCGUCGCCCCAAUCGAGAGAGUGAAGCUUCUCCUUCAGGUCCAGCAUGCCAGCAAGCAGAUCACCGUGGAUAAGCAGUACAAGGGUAUCAUGGACUGUGUUGUCCGUAUCCCCAAGGAGCAGGGAUUCCUUUCCUUCUGGAGAGGUAACCUUGCCAAUGUCAUCAGAUAUUUCCCCACCCAGGCCCUCAACUUCGCCUUCAAGGACAAGUACAAGAAGAUCUUCCUUGAUGGUGUCGACAAGCGCACCCAGUUCUGGAGGUACUUCGCCGGUAACUUGGCCUCUGGUGGCGCGGCUGGAGCUACCUCUCUCUGUUUCGUUUACCCCCUCGACUUCGCCCGUACCCGUCUAGCCGCUGAUGUGGGAAAGGCUGGAGCCACAAGAGAGUUCAAUGGUCUUGGAGACUGCCUGGUUAAGAUCUUCAAGUCUGAUGGCCUGAAAGGCUUGUACCAGGGCUUCAAUGUGUCUGUGCAGGGCAUUAUCAUCUACAGGGCUGCAUACUUUGGCAUCUAUGACACAGCUAAGGGUAUGCUUCCAGACCCCAAGAACACUCACAUAUUGGUGAGCUGGAUGAUUGCGCAGAGUGUGACAGCUGUUGCUGGCCUGACCUCAUACCCCUUCGACACUGUGCGUAGACGUAUGAUGAUGCAGUCUGGACGUAAAGGAGCUGAUAUUAUGUACAGCGGAACCAUCGACUGCUGGCGUAAGAUCGCACGUGAUGAGGGAGGCAAGGCUUUCUUCAAGGGAGCCUGGUCCAAUGUGCUCAGAGGCAUGGGCGGCGCCUUCGUGCUGGUGUUGUACGAUGAGCUGAAGAAAGUCAUGUAAUUCCUCAUGUUGUCACAUCACUGUCCAAUUUGGCUAAAUGUAAUAACUUUCCAUUUUUAUGGACUCUGCAUUCUGCCUUAUUUAUGGGAACAAACUAUAGUGUGUCUCACCGCUAGCUGUGGGCCAUGGCUGUACGUUGUGCAUCUUUAUGAUUUUUAAAACGUUCCACACCCUCUAUACCAAUGUCAUUCCUGUUAAAGAUAUCUGAUACCUCCUCAUGUCAUUCACUAGGUUUGUAUGGUCCCAACUUGAAUAAAUUUAUUCUGGGGAACAAAUUAAAACCUUGAUGUCAACUGUCUCCACUGUUGCUGCAUGAGAUGAGCACUCACUGGAUAAUGAAACGCACGAAGUGGAUUACUCCCAACUGCUAUAUUUACUCGCGCUUAUCUCUUCCUGAGCCUUCCUUUUUUUGACCGUGGUCUCUACUAGGACUGUAGAGUAGAUCACCUGAGCAUUGGCUCCAUUUGAAUAUGGCCCAGAAAGGUUCCUGAUGAUAAAGUCCACACCAUUCAUUUAUGCUCACUUUUGUGGUGAUACAGGUUGCCUGACCCUCUAGGUUUUGGUUGUUUAUAGGAUAUCUUUCACCGCUAACUUAAAUUACUUUCACAAACAGCAGGGAAAUGCAAGCUCUUGUGAAAUUCAGAAGAUGUUUGUAUGUAUUUGAUAAGCUGUAGGAACAUUAUAAAAGCUUAUGUCAUGUUUUAAGUGUACUAAACCCUUCAAUGCAGA